AUGUCUUCUGGUCCUAGUCUACUAGUUGGGGCCGAGGCAAGAAGAUAAAGAUUCCAAUUUCAGUAGCCGGUGUCUACGCUUAUGAACUGAAAGACCAUGGAGUACAAUAUCCGAGUUUCAAAGUUACUUUCAAACUGAAAUGAACCGUUUGCCAGCUGCGCCCGAAGUGGCCCACGUGACCCCUAGUGAACAGUCUAAACUUCCGCUAGAUGCUUUGGGAAUUUGUGAAGCUACCGCGUGCGCGGUAGCCACGCUGCAGCUUUGGAGGGUCUGCUUUCUGUGUGGGAACGCAGCUUUUCCCGAGAAAUUGGGUUACGGAUUAAAGAGGGGAACUGCUUCCUCUUUUCUGUCCAUUUUCCACGUCUGUCCUGGGCUUAAGGCACCCCUCAGAGGCCAGAGGCGUAGGCGAGUCUGGGGCGGUAGGUGGCUGCGUCCGGAAGUCCAGGUUGCGUUCUGUCCACCCUGCCCACCCUUAGGCGGCAGGACAGGAAUAAGGUCACCUCACCAAAGGGGCUCAUCAGCAUUGAAGAAUACUCAGUGUGUCUUGAUUCACCAAACUCAAUGGCUUUUCGUUGAAAAGGAAAAUUGGAUGUUCAUGAGUUUGACCCUACCUGGUUUCUGCCUGCCUGGGAAGACUCCUAUCACAUUACUUUCCUCAUCUGUCUGCUCCUUUCAGUAACGUGGCCCUCCAUGUUCUUUUCUACCUCACUGCUUUCCAUAAUGUACAUUUCUCUACCUAGAAAUUUCAUUUUAUCUGUUCAGAUUCCUAAUUAUAUUCACACCCUUUCUUAACUUAAAGGGUGUGAAUGUCUUAACUUUGCUUAAAGACAUUUUCUUUGAGUGUAUAAGGACCUCUCUGAAGUAUUUUCAUAGCAUCUCAUAGUGCUACUUCAGAGCAUUUAAUUGUAAAAAAUUAUAUAUGAUUUGCCUCAUACCUGAUCUGUUUCCCAUGUCAAAAAUAAAAUCAGGAUAAAUAAAGUUUAUUGUCAUAGAAAAAGUACAGACAAGUGGGAGGAGUGGGAAGAAGCUUGCACUCAGCAGUUAUGGCACAGUUUAUAAGGACAAAGGAGGAAGCAUUUUGAGCUUUUCUGUUAUUUGCUCUUAUACAUUAAGAUUUUUUAGGGGGGCAUACAGCUGUUUAAGUUGAUUUGUCUAGUUGAUUGGCUUAAUUUCAUGGAAUCAUACUGACAAAAAUGUAAAGCUUAUGUUUUAUGUUUAUGAUUAGAAAGAGCAUUUCAGAGAAAUCAGGAUGAUGUAAGUUUUAGCUGAUAUGGUUAUGGGCAUUUGGCCUUGGUGUAUAUCUAAACUGUGACUUCCAUUUUUAUUGUAUUUUUUAACACUUGUAGGAUCCAUGAUGGCAUUUAGUGGGUUCUCAACAAAUAUUUGUUGAAUGAAUGAAUAUUUGCUUAGGAAAGCUCAUGGAAGAAUCCAAAACAUUUUCUAAUUGAAAAGUAGGUUGCAUGGAUGAAUGAGGUCACUUUUAGAGAACCGUGAAUACCUACCUGCAUUGAUUGAAUUGGUGGCACCAGGGUUUUCUAGGUUCUUAGGACUGACAUAAUUAAAGGGACAUUUUUUUCAAGUGUUAAUUCAGUAAUGAUUGUAGAAUGAACAGUGCACAGGACAGUCUAAGGUGGUAGCCUCAAACUUGAGUGUGUAGAAUUACCUGUGUGUUGUGUAAAUCUCGGGCUUUUUCUCCCUUCUCCAGGGCUGGUUCAGGCCAUACUUAAGCACUUGAAGCAUGCUGAUCCAAACUGAUAUAUGCUGCAAGUGUAAAAUACCAGAUUUCAAAGGCAGUACAAACAAAUGGAUAUAAAGUAUCACGUUAAUAUGGUUUCUAAUUGAUUACAUCUUGAAACAAUAUUUUACAUGCAUUGGAGUAAAUAAAAUAUAUUAUUAAAAUG